AUGAGUAAUAAUCGAGUCCUAACCAAAUCUGGUAUCAGGAACAUCUCAGGCAAAGCCUCACCUCAGCUACAAACCUUCUUAUCAGUGGUAGUAACGAGGGCCAGAGGCAAAAAGCUAAGUGCCACCGCAAAAGAUCACGGGUCGACCUUUGGACGACAGUUGCAACAACCACCUCCUGGGAAAAGUCGAAUUUCUGUCCCUGUGAACUCUUGUGCUGUGGUUCAUCAACGAGCAUGUCUUUCUGGUGCCACCCGCCCAAACCCUAGUCUACCUGCGAAAGCUACCACUGAGAGACAGAAGGAAAGGAAAAGAAAGUCGUAA